AAGCAACAACCAGCAGGAACACAGCUUGCUCCGGCCGGCCACUCCCCUCCACGGAGAACUUUCCCCGAGCAUUAAAGAAUUUUCGCGGGGCGAGGAGCCGACGCGAUCGAAUGGAAAUUGCAGAAGAGCCGCUCCUGCUCGCCGCGUUGCGCAACGCCGGCCGCGCCGUUCUGAUCCUGCGGUUCCAGAUUCGACUGCGUCGCGCAAGUUUGUUUCUUGGCGCGGUUUGCAGGUGGAGCUGGGUUUCAAGAUUUCGAAAGAGAAAGUCUCAAGUGAGUUUUGAUGGAGACAAUUCUAGCUGGUUACACCAAGGAUGUUGUCAGGUCACUUGGUGAGUUAGCUGCUAACGAGAUCGCCAAAGUGCUCUGCGUCAAAAAUGAAAUCAACAAGCUUAAGAGGAAGCUUGAGACCAUGUCGGCUAUCAUCAGGGAUGCUGAGCAGACAGUUGUGCAGUAUGAAACCACAAGGGAUUGGUUGAAGCAGUUGAGAGGAAUAGCUUAUGAGGCAGAAAACAUAAUUGACCGCUGCAGGAUUGAACAAGAGAGGCUCCAAAUGUUCCAACCACAGGAGUGCAAUCCUUCAUCGCUUUUUAAGUGCUGCAGAGAUGUCGCUGUUGACUACAUUAUAGCAAAUGAUAUACAUGAACUAAAUCAGGAACUGGAGAGCAUUAGAUCAGAGAGUACACUGCUCCAUCUGAAUCCAGUGGCAGAAGAUCAAAUCAGAUUAGAUCUUGAUGUUGCUCCACAUCUUGAGCCUGAUAUCGUAGGCAGAGAGGUUGAGAAUGACUCCGAUAAUCUCAUACAGCUGCUAACCAGAGACUAUAAUACUACUUGUCCUUUGUUUGCUAUCAUAGGAACUAUUGGAGUAGGCAAGACUACCCUUGCUCGUAAAGUAUACCAUAAGGCAGCAGCCAUGUUUGAGACCAGGCUAUGGGUACACGUCUCCAAAGAUUUGCGGCACUUAACAAUGUGGUCUGAUGGGAUGUUCAGUAAAGCAGAAAUUGCAGAACAACAAGCACUGUUGCUAUCAUAUUUACAAGAUAAGAGGUUCCUGCUGGUCAUUGAUGAUGUAUGGGGAGAGAAUGUUUGGGAUGGGCGGCUAGAGAUACAAGCCCAACAUGGCGCCCCUGGCAGUAGAGUCCUUGUGACAACCCGGGAUGAGCGUGUUGCUAGGAGGAUGGGGGCUAUCCAUCUUCACCGUGUGAAGAUGCUGAAUGAGGAUGAUGGUUGGUGGUUGCUUCGUACAAGGGCCUUUCUUGAUGAGGGUGCUGGCAACAUGCAGGACAUGGGAAGACGAAUCGUGCAAAAGUGCAAUGGCCUUCCAAUGGCAAUAAGGAGGAUUGGAUGCCAUCUACGGGAUGUGGAUCAUAAGGAGGAUGAAUGGGGAAGAGUCUACUCGAGCGAUUUCUGUGGCAUUUCUGCAAGGAUACGGAGCACUAUUAACAUGAGCUACCUGGAACUGCCAUAUUACCUUAAGAGGUGUUUUCUGUACUGUGCGUUGUACCCAGAGGGAUCUGUUAUCGAGCGGCAGUGCAUCACCCAGCAGUGGAUCGCGGAGGGAUUCAUUGUGACCCAGACAAACUCAACACAGAGGCACUCUGCAACAGUUGAAGAAGAAGCUGAAAGAUGUUAUGAUGAAUUGUUAGGAAGAGGCCUUCUUCUCCCAGAGAAUGAAGCUUGCGAUGUGGUGGGAUCAAAGAUGCCUCAUCUUUUCAGAUCAUUUGCACUCCUUCAGUCACAAGAUGAAAACUUUACUGGCAACCCUCAAGAUAUAGGUGAUGUUUUCAAACCAUGCCGUUUGUCUGUUACAAAUGGAGGUGUAGAAUCCAUUAGAAAUGGUCUUAAAAAGCUCAGGAACUUGAGGACACUUCUCCUAUCUGGGGGUACGCUAAAUGAUAGGGCCUUGAGUGAUAUUUUCCUAAAGUUCACACACUUAAGAGUUCUAGACCUUGGAAAUACACAGAUCGACUGUGUUACUGCGAGUUUGGGACGGAUGGCACACCUUAGAUAUCUUAGUUUUGCCAACACUCAAAUUAGAGAAAUUCCUGGUAGUAUUGAGAAUCUGAGGAUGUUGCGCUUCUUAAUCCUCAGGAACUGCAUUCGUCUUAAUUCUCUCCCAGAAUCUGUUGGCCGGCUAAAAAACUUGAGAAGCCUUGACAUGUCAGGUGCUGGACUAAAUAUUGUUUCAUUUAAAUUCUCCCAGAUGAGAGAACUCAACUGCCUACAAGGUUUCCUUGUAAGCCCAAGUGGUACACAAAAUAAAUGUGGCUGGCCUUUUCAGGAGCUGAGUUCCUUAUCUAAGCUGACAAGCCUCCAGAUGUUACGGAUAGAGAGGGAAUUAAAUGCGGAAGGUGCAAAACAAUCGGCAUUGCGAGAAAAGCGUCACCUCAAAGAGCUUGAGUUAUGCUGCAGCAUUGAUGAGCAAACAACACAGAUAGGUAGAGCCGAGAAUAUUAAAGAUGUUUUUGAAGAACUGGCGCCAGCACCUUCUGUUGUGUCUAUCAAGAUGGCAAAUUAUUAUGGACAUGAAUUUCCAUCUUGGCUAUCCUUUCCCGGUCUAUCAGAGUUGCAGAGGCUAACCAUUGAUGGUUGUUCACAUUGCUCGCAGCUGCCAUCUCUGGGCCAGAUGAGUAAUCUAAAAUACCUUGCAAUAAUCGAUUCUAAUUUGUCAGCUACCAUUGGCCCUGAACUUCGCGGAAAACCAGAUAAUGGAGUGGCAUUUCCCAAGCUGGAACAGUUGCUCAUCAGCGAGAUGAGCAACUUGAAGUCAUGGUCAGGUAUCGAAGAAGGAGAUAUGCCUUCACUAGUGGAUUUCAGGCUUGAAAGAUGCCCCAAGCUGGAUUCACUUCCUCGCUGGCUUGAGCAUUGUACUGCACUGAGAAGCUUGCGCAUAGAUCAUGCUGACAGCCUCAAAACAAUUGAGAAUCUGCCUUCACUUAGAGAACUUGAAGUUCACAGGAACAAAAAACUGAAGAGGAUCUUAAAUCUCGAAAGUCUUGAAGAUUUGAAAGUUGUGCAUUGCUUGGUUUUGAAAGUGGUACAUGGUGUCCCUUCAUUACGCGCUGUGCAUUCAGAUGACAGAAAUUCAACUGAGUUGCCACAAUGGUUGCAGCCACAACAGCCAUUCGUUCUCAAGAGAUUGGAUAUAAUUGGGACUGAAGAGCUACUAGAUAAAUGCUCCUCUGCCAGUAGCACAUAUUGGUCCGCCAUUCAACAUGCCGAUCAUGUCUUUGCCUAUCUGCCAGACGAUACUUUCUACUUCUCUUACACCAAAAGUAACAGCAACUUCCAUAGAAGCGCAAGGUCCCUUGCACGAUCUUUAUACAGUUCACAGAGCUUCGUUAUGCCUUCUAUUACGCCGAGCAAUGAUGUUAUUGUACCAGAAGAAAAUAUAAGGAGAAACAAGCGAAUAGAAAUAGGCCGAUCCAGGAGUCAGUCAUGGGUGAGGACUGAACUUUUCGCAGUUCUUCUGUUUGUUGCUGCCCACUUGUUUUUCUUGUCAACCACGCAUGCUUCUUCACAUUGAAUUCAGUCAGUUCAGGCAGAGUAAAUAUUGAUGAUUAUUCCAUGACCUUCUGAUGUACCAUUUUGUUGGCAAAAAAUUCAUCUUGUACCUGUGUUUGUUCUUGUAGCCUAUUUGAAAAAUAGUUUCAACUAGUCCAUAUUCCUUUCUUUUCAAUAUUUUCUAAGCUCCAAUUUGUUCUGCACCCAUUAGGUUGGACUGUGUAAUAUGUACUUUUGUCAAUGGUUACACCACUAGAAAAAUAUUUGUGUGCCUCUACCUCAUUUUUAGAGCAAAUAAAAUAAGAUCAUAUACUUUGUUUGAACAAGUGCAUCUUUGUAUUGUAAAGCAAUAUAUUUUUGCUAUGUGGAGCUAAGAGAUUGAUUAAUGUACUUUUUCUUUGACUCCA